AUGAGUUUAGGAAGUUCAGAUCCGAGCAACAAAGUAUCUCCGAUCGCUCAUCCUUGGUGCGAUCCCCAAAAUGGUGUUUGUGAGCCCAAAUCUGUUGAUGAAUGGCUCAUAAUUAGGGCCAGCAAGAGAAUAAGAGACGAUCCAAAUUGGAAGCUGAAGUUCCGAGAUCCAGAAUACAUUUCUGAGAGAAAGGCCGAGUUUGUGAGCAACAUCAAUGAUUCUCAAGAGCCUUGGAUGUGGGAAGUCCAUCAACUCCAUGCGAAGUAUCUCAGGAACAUUGAUGCAAUUUUCGAAUACGUACAAAAAGAGUUGGAGUGGUAUGAAGCCAAAGAACAAGAAUUGGUGGAAUCGGGGUUUGUACAUUCUAUAAAUGAGCGUGUUCUAUAUAGUGAUAUUGCUAUCUCUACCACCACACAAUCAAACCUUAGGGUGGCCAUUCAGAAUUUCGAGGUAGGAACAGAAAACAUUUGUCACUCAAUUGAUGAUGAAGUCGUUGUUAAUAUCAUUGACCCUUGUAUGUACCCUGUGGUGUACGGUCAGACACAAGAACUUAGAGAUGGCAAGUUGUCAACGAUCCAAUUCAAUGAGAAGAUUUACACAAUCAAAAAUAAUGUACCAGAGUAUGCAAUAUCAAAACACUUUCAAUGCCUUCCUACGAAAUUCAAGUACGAUGAAUCGGCUGGAAGGUUCGAGCUUUCGUCAUACAUCAACAAUAUUCAUCCCGGGAAGUAUGCCGAAAUUUACACUCUUAUCACAACGAUCUUCAACAACUCGUUGCCAGGAUUAUUGCAGUGCCUCUCGUGUUGCAUUUCUCCUGAGUAUUUGAGAGUCAAUAUACCUGUGGCGGAGAAUGCUUAUGGUCAGGAGUAUCUAGAUAUGAUACACUUGCUAGAGGAUUCUGACCUAGAAGCUUCUGAUGGCGAGAAAAUUGAUGAAGAGCUAGAACUCAAAAAGCACAAGUGGAUCAAAGACUCUCCACCGAAAUGGAAUGGCUCGCCGUCUUUUCAAGUCUUUGACGCAAAGCGCUUUGAGGAUCUCAAAGUCAUUACUAAGCUUGUGAAUAUAGAAUUGACACCUGAAAACCCCCAGUAUGUCGGAGGUUCGUGGCAUGUCGAAGGUGCAAUGAAUGAGGACAUUGUUGCAACAAUAACGUAUCACUACGAUUCAGAGAAUGUUACUAACCAGAAACUAUCCUUCAGGGAGAGCUUUAAAGAUCCUAAAUUUCACCUUGAUGACGCUUAUUAUUGCCGAUAUUACUAUGGAUUGAGCGAGGUAGAUCAGACUUUCAAGUAUUCGGGUUCGGAAGAUUCGCCACUCGGUAGAGUGCUCAUCUUCCCUAACGUCUUUCAGCAUAAACUCGACCCUUUUGAGUUAAAGGACAAAAGUAAAUCAGGCCACCGAAAGAUCAUGUAUCUCUUCGUUGUAGACCCAUACAACAACAUCAUAAAGACAACUGACUCAGUUCCCCCACAACAGGAUGAGUGGGCACAUCGACUGGAAUCGAAGCAUUUCAUCCACGGCGACGUAAACAAUACUAAUAUGACAUACGAAGAAGCGAAGAAAUUCCUGGAUAAUAUUUUGGCAGAAAGAAAAACCAUGAACGACCCAAAGGCUGGACGAGGCGAAAGUUCAACACUGAGAGAGUUUUGGUUAUGGGAUUAUUAA